AUGGAGAAGAAGCCCGAUGUUGAGGCUGCCGCCGCCCCCCAGAGCGAGCUCGAACCCGUCGACUCCAUCAAAGCAGGACUCACUGCCACUCUGGAGGAUCAACAAAACAAGGCCUUCUAUGGCGCCUCCGUCACCGACUCCUAUCGCCUCAAGUCCGAGCUGGUCGGUAAAGCCAUGGAAGAGAUAGGCAUGGGUCGAUACCAGUGGGAGAUCUUCGUCGUGACCGGCUUCGGCUGGAUCUGCGAUAAUUUCUGGUCUCAAGGCAUUGGUACCAUUCAGCCUGCAGUCAAGCUCGAGUUCGCCGACGUCAGCCGUGUCAGUCUCUCCUCAGUAGCAUACUACGUCGGCAUGAUCGUUGGUGCAAGCUUCUGGGGCAUCUCAGCAGACUUCAUCGGUCGAAAGCCGGCCUUCAACCUCACGAUCCUCAUCGGUGCCGUCUUUGCUGCUGCUGUGGCCGGACUCAGCAACUUUGUCCCUUUCUGCAUCUUCUGGUUCUUCAUAGGUACAUCUGCAGGUGGCAACGUACCUGUGGACUCGAUGAUUUUCCUAGAGUUCGUCCCUGGUAGCCACCAGUACCUCCUCACCGCGCUCUCCGGCUGGUGGAAUUUCGGCCAAGUCAUUGUCAGUCUCCUUGGCUGGGUCUUCAUCGCCAACUUCAACUGCCCAGCUGAUGCGACCCCUGCUACUUGCUCCCGUGCCGAUAACAUGGGGUGGAGAUACAUCAUGAUCACUCUCGGCGGUCUGGCGUUGGUCUUCGCUCUCGUGCGGAUCUUCGUCUUUCAUAUGCCAGAGUCUCCCCGCUAUUUGCUCAGCAAGGGCCGUGACGCCGAGGCAGUGGAUGCCGUCAACUACAUCGCUCGCCGCAACAAGAAGGCUGAGCCGCUCACACUUUCGAUGUUCACCUCCAUCGACAUCUCACUUGGUCUGCCGCCGAACCCACAUGCCGAGGGCAACACAGGUCUGAGCCACAUGGCUCGCCUGAAGGAGAACUUCGCCGACUUCAGUGGCAGCAACUGGUCCAACUUGUUCAGCACACGCAAGUUGGCUCAGCACACCGCCAUCAUCUGGACUGUAUGGCUCGUCAUUGGUAUCGCGUACCCACUAUACUUCAACUUCCUGCCAACCUACCUGGCUCAGCGUUUCACAUCCAACAACUCCUUGAACUACACCUACCGUACAUACUGCAUCACUUCGGCCGUCGGUGUGCUCGGCCCUAUCUGUGCUUCACUGUUGGUCCGCGAGCCUCACCUUGGUCGACGAUACUCCAUGACAUUGUCGGCAAUUGUCACAGGAGUGUUCCUCUUUGCGUAUACCGCAGCCAAGACCGAGUCGACCAACCUCGCGUUCAACUGUUAUGCAUUCACGCCGGAGUCCUUCCCAGCGCCCGUCCGUGGCUUGGCUACUGGACAGGCUGCAACACUCCUCAGGACUGGUGGUCUAGCAGCCAGCUUGAUUGGCACGUACACCAACUUCUCGGUCGUGCCCAUCUACGUCAGUGCUGCGAUGUGGAUCGCGACCGGGCUCUUGUGCAUCGGGCUCCCAUUCGAGACUGCUGGACGGGGAGCGCUAUAG